UGGGUAGACUGCAGAGCUCAGAGCAGAGCUGGGCUCCCACAGGCCACUGGGCCAUUGACUUGGCAAACCCUCAAACUUCUCCGCUUUGAGGUUAAGCAGAAGUGCAGAACGAAAUCUUUGUGCUCUCUACUUCUCUUAUCGCUGCGUAGAUAUGUCGCUGGAUUCUCAUAUAGAGAGGGUGCUAUGGACCAAGUUCCAAAUCUCUAAACGAGUCACAGAGAUUGCAUCUGAAAUCACCAAUGAUUUUACCUCGAUUUCUCCUCCUCCGGUGAUAGUGGGCGUGGCUACCGGCGCUUUCUUGUUCUUGGCUGACUUGGUCAGGCAAAUACAGUUGCCUGUUUCCGUUGAUUUUAUUCGCGCCGAAUCCUACGGUUCCGGCACGAAGUCCACCGGUGCCCCCACUAUUUCCAUGGACUUGAAGCUCAAUGUUGAAGGCAAACAUGUCAUCCUGGUUGAGGAUAUUGUAGACACAGGAAGCACUUUAUCCAGUCUCAUUGCACACUUGAAAUCCAAGGGAGCUUCCUCUGUUUCUGUUUGCUCUUUCCUUGAUAAGCCAGCAAGAAGGAAAGUCCAUUUUGAACUAGUGGGUGAUGGAAAGUACUACCUAGGUUUUGAGUGCCCAGAUCACUUUGUUGUGGGUUAUGGAAUGGAUUUUGCUGAACUAUACAGGAAUUUGCCUUAUAUUGGUGUCUUGAAGCCUGAAUAUUAUAAGCAAUUUGAUUUAUCAUGAAAAAUUUACAACUGUUGAUUGUUGAAGACCAUAAUCUUAUUCUACAAGUAAUACCUGCAGAAAUUGUGAAUUGUAGGAAUUACUCAGUAUACUUGCUAAUUAUGCUUCUUUCUUUGUAAAGACAAAGUGCCUUACAGAAAUGUGGAUGUGAUUAUUCUUGGAACUACAUAAAUGUUAAAGGUAUUGAUUUUACAAUAAAUUAGCAAGUAUUUUACUUUCAUAA